UAUCUGAAUGUGAGGCCACCGUCCGAUGUUCGGCAAACUCAGUCCUCAGGAACUACGUAUAGCACACAACCAGCUGUAGAGAGCAGCAAAGAGGCGAAGUACUCGGCGUCACCACAAAGCAAACGAAAUAUUGAAAGCAACGAAGCUGAAUCUGAUUCAACUUCAGAUAACAAGCAUGUGUAUCUGCAUUUUCAGGCUGUGUAUCACAAAGCAAUUGGAACGAGCAGCGAGAAAAGUUGCGGAGCUAACGAUUUGACACGCUACGCAUUGUUAUUUAACCAUGUACGAGCAAAUUUACCUUCAGAUACGCAGCGUGUAGAAGCAAAGAAUCUUGGUGAAUGCGCAAAGGCUUGCGAUCAAAAUGAGAAAUUUGUCUGCUUAUCAGCGGUUCUGACUGAUUCGGAAUGCGAACUGUCAGCUUCCAGUUCGAAGCACAAAACCAGUGACGACUUUGUUUUCAGCGAAAAUAGCACUUAUCUUGAAAAGACUUGUUUGCCAGCGAGUCUGGCGAAAGACACCUUGAAACUGUGGCCAACAAUUCUUGACCACAUACUCGUUGGGCAUGUUAUGGAAGUGGUCGAUGUGUCUUCACUUCGCGAAUGUCAGAUCGCUUGUCUCCGAGCUGAACAACAAUAUUCAUUCAAAUGCCGUUCGGCAAUGUGGUACCCGAAUGAUGUUGACCAGAAUUGCUUACUAAAUUCGGAAAGCCGUGAGACGCAGCCAAAUGUAUUCGUUACUGAAGAUCAGGGUGUUCGAAUGCUCUAUUUUGAAAUUCCGAGGAUCCAAAGACAGAAGCAGAAGCUUGACACCGAAUUCUUACGUGACGAUCCGAUUGAAGAAGAAUUUACGGGAUGGACAAUGUGCAAUGACUCUGGCCGGCAACACCGCUAUCUGAAAUGCAAAGAGCAAAAAGACGUACGAAAAUGUCCAAAGCAAUCGAAAAAUUGCGAAAAAGUAAUAAAUAACACGAAAAGGAAGUGCUUGGCAGUGCGGGACUCUCACGGACGCAAGAAAUGUCCUCACGGAAUUCGAAAAUUACCGGACGGACGAACGGAAUAUUGCAGGAAUCCAGCUGACUGUGAAUUUUGA